CAACUCUAGAAGAAUGCCAAACCUUGCUGCACCUCUCCUGUUGCUCUUGUUAGGUCCAUGGCUUGCAGUUAAUGCGGUCACAGGCCCGCUCAGCACCGGGCGUGCGAAGUUUAGCCGAACUGACCAGCUGCAACUUCAACAUUUACGACCCAACAGAAGUUCAACAACCAGCUUACCUGUGGUACUUUGGCAUGGCAUGGGAGACUCAUGUUGUGAUUCAAGCAGUAUCGGUGGCAUCGCAAAGCUCAUACGCGAAAAGCUUGGUAGGUCGCGACUCCAUCCUGCUCCGGUUCAGCCAAAUCAGUCGCAUCCAGCUUGCCCUCAACACAAACGCAAAAGUGUUAACCGAGGCAACUUGCAACUACCUAGUUCCCUUAACGACCCUCAGCGACUCACGAUUGCCGUACGCCUGUGCCACGCCUCCAAGCAUAAUCCCCAUGAAAAUGUUAGGGACGGAUUUGACGGCCUUGGGGGGUGAAUUGGACUUGAAUGCGCGUGUGGAACGUAUUGCUGGCACGGAGCUAAAUGUGUCUGCUCUCACUAAAAAGUUUGCUGAUAGAAUGGAUGCGGAUUGGGAGGAUAGGAGGUUGGAAGAUGACCCGCGGCUUUUCAACCCAGUAGACCCCGUACCAGGGGUUGGAGUUAAGAUGUGCAGGUACAAAAAUUGGAUGGGUGACCCGGUUGACAGGGGGUACAUUACUCAGCGGCAGCAUGUGAACCUGAUGCGUUUUCGGCUGUGUGUGUGGGGCAUUGAAGCCAAUCGCCCUAGGGGUAGGCAACGAGUAGCGCGUGUCUGUCCUAUGUGUGCCGUGCA